ACAGAGACUCCCCAUUACAACCCUCGCAGAACUCUCUCUCUCUCUCUCUCUCUCUCUAUCAUGGCUGGAAAAUCUCCAGAAGCUUCCUCAGUAUUAUUGUUCAUCUCCUUGUUGCUCUUGUUAACCGAUCUCACAAACUGUAGAGAGAUUCUGGUGGGAGGCAAAUCCAACGCAUGGAAAGUCCCUUCUUCCCCUGCAGAUUCUCUCAACCGAUGGGCCGAAAAGGCACGAUUUCACGUCGGAGAUACUCUGCUCUGGAAGUACGACGGAGAAAAGGACUCGGUUCUUCGGGUGACGAAAGAAGCCUACGUCACCUGCAACACGACAGAACCAGUCGCUAAGUUCAGCGGUGGCGAGACGAAGGUGAAGCUGGAGAGGCAUGGAGCUUUCUUCUUCAUCAGCGGCUCGAAGACUAACUGCGAACAAGGUGAGAAACUCUUCGUUGUGGUUAUGUCGCCAAGAAGCAGCCGUGGGUUUUUUGUCAGCGAGGCUCCAUCUCCUUCUCCGGUGGCGGCAGCGGCUGAGAUCAGAGCUCCGGCUGUUGCUCCGACCACCGGAGAUGCAGCUUCUUCCUUGGUUCGAGGUGGGGCUUUUACGGCGGUGUUGGUAGCUGUUGUAUUAAGGACUUUGUCAUCGUGAUUUUUUUUUUUAUCUUUUUGCUUUACAACCUGAGUUGUUCAUGGAUU